GCUGUUACGCAACGUACAAACAGUUAUUCUAUUUGUUUACAUAACUGUAUUGAUAAAUAUAUCGAUUGUCUAUUCGUAUUUAUUUGUACCACGCGAUGUGCACUUUUAACCUGUUGGAGGUAUAGCCGGUAUAAGUAGCGCACAGUAUUAUGGCGAUUUUAUUUUAAGCAGUAUAUGUAACGAAAUAGUAGACUGAAAUAAAAUAUAAAUGAAGUUAGAUAAAUAAAAAUGGAGUUGAGCGGAUAGCAAUGUAACCAUUUUGUAUUGAUAUACUUUUGAUGCCCAUCAAGAAAGAAAAAUAAUUAUUUUAUAUCACAUACCUUGUGUUUGCGGGUACUGAUUCUAGAAAUAACCAAGUUCCCACUUUUCCACAUACUGAAAUAUGUCAUUUUUAUCCGCGUAAUUAUGUUUUUUUUUCAGAAGUACGAAACGGAAAAAACGAGGAAUUACUGGUCUGCAUCGGAAACAGUCACGUCGUGAUCUGUCUUGCCUACUUUUAUUGCCAUGUUGUUGAAGGUUUUAACCGGAGAUUUAACAUUCAAGUCGCUUACACCACCUGACCUAACAUGCUGUACCAGAGCGCAACUGAAGGAGUACUUCAUAAACAGCUACGACCUCAACGAAAGUCUUUUUACAGCUUUAAAGGACGACACUGUGUUUUACAAGUGUCCAGACCGUCUGCGACUUCCUCUUAUCUUCUACUAUGCUCACACCGCAGUGGUCUACGUUAACAAGCUCGUGCUUGCUGGUCUCCUCAAGGAGCGGAUCAAUUUUGAGUUUGAGAAGAUAUUUGAGACUGGUGUUGAUGAAAUGUCAUGGGAUGAUACGGAAAAUUUCCGUAUGGGAGGUUCAUACCAAUGGCCAAGUGUUGAAGAGACGGUUCGUUACAGGCAUGAAGUCCGACAAGUCAUCUUAAAUAUAAUCGACACUACACCAUUACAGCUGCCAAUCACCAUGGAAAGCAAAUGGUGGGCUGUAUUGAUGGGUAUGGAACAUGAGCGUAUUCACCUGGAGACAUCAUCAGUCCUUAUACGGCAGUUACCAGUUGACAUGGUCCGCAUACCAGACGGAUGGACGUAUGCGCCAGUACACAGUUCAAAUGGUCCAAGAGAGAACCGAAUGCUGCGUAUGGGGGCAACUGAUGUGACGUUUGGCAAGCCAGAAAACUUUCCGUCCUACGGUUGGGAUAAUGAGUACGGCGAGGUGUCUUGCUUUGUUCCGUCGUUCGAAGCGUCCGAGUAUCUGGUGACGAAUGGUGAAUUCUUGGAGUUUGUCAAGGAUGGUGGCUAUAUGAAACAGGAAUAUUGGAGUGAGGAGGGGUGGAAGUGGAAAACAUUCAGGCAAGCAAAGCAUCCGAUGUUUUGGAUUUGCGGCAGUGGCUGUAAAAGUGGUUGUGGGGCAGACCUGGCGACGUACAGUCAUUGCAGACUCCCUGGCAAUACCAUGGCAACAGACAAUGGAAAUCAUACACCAUACAAAUACCGCGCCAUGUUUGACAAUCUGGAUAUGCCAUUAUCGUGGCCAGUAGAUGUGAACUAUCACGAGGCGAAGGCCUUCUGCCACUGGAAAGGAUCAGAGUACAGACUCUUGUCUGAAGCUGAACAUAAUGCCAUUAGAGGAAAACAGACUUCAACUGAAGCAGGGACGUUAUGUGAUCUGAUAUUUUCAGGGAGAAAGAUCUGUAACCACAACAUGGCCUACGGAUCUUCAACUCCAGUGAACAUGUACCUACCGAACGACUGUGGAUUCUAUGAUGUGUUCGGGAACGUGUGGCAGUGGACAGAGGACCAGUUUAACGGUCUGUGUGAGCAUACACACAUGCUGUAUGACGACUUCUCUUCGCCUUGCUACGACGGAAAACAUAACGUGAUUCUGGGUGGUUCGUGGAUAAGCACAGGAGAUGAGGCAUCAAGAUUUGCAAGAUAUGCUUUCCGGAGACAUUUUCUACAACACGCAGGGUUCCGUAUAGCACGAACAGUACACAAAGCUGACAAGAUUGAGCUGUCGACAAGGAUUGUUGAUACAGAGGUCUAUAUUCUUGGAAGUGGUGUCGAAGAGAGCAAAUUGAAUCUGGAUAAGGAGAGAGUUAAGCCUAUCAUAGUGCCAUCCACUAACAUACAUUACCAUUUUGAAUCCCUGGAGAAAUUAAAAGGUAUUCUCGAGCAGGAAUUUGGAUUCCGAAAAUCGUUUCCUGUUGUGAUUGCCGAUCUUUGUAAAGAGCUGGUUGAAAACAAUCGCCUGGACAAGAAGUCUGCACUUUGGAUAGGUGCAGGAUCUGGCCGAGGGCCUCUGCUUUUAAGUGAUACAUUUGAAGAAGUCCUGGCUACCGAUGUGGUUGCCAGAUUUUUAGAUACCGCUAUGGACAUACAGAAGGGAAAGGACGUCAGCUUCACAACUGACGAGGGACGUGCAAUAAAUGCUACACUUGAUAGGAACGUUAAACCUGACAAAGUUCUUUUCAAACAGUUUACUUGGAUUCCAAAUGAAGUUGGAAUAAGUAUCUUUGACAUGACUGUUGUAACAUUCUUGGAGAGAACACAACAACCAAAAGCUUGGCUUCUAAGGUUGUCAGAAAUAACGCGGAACAAUGGUCUAGUGGUCAUAGCCUCCCCAUCCGGCAACUGGGGUAGAGAGAGACUCGAACCCACACUCACAUGCAAAGGAUUAGCAUGUGUGGUAUCCAAGGUUUUCCAGUAUGAGGACACUACUGGAACCGAAAAUGCUAGUGUUACAGUCUGGAAGCAUGCUUAAUCUACCAAAACGAAAGGGACAGCUAUGCCAAACAUUUCAGAUUCGCUUUCCAAUAUUGCUCUUAUCACAAUAGGGUUUCGGUUCUUACUACGCUAGUAGUGAUUUUUGUGUUUUGUAGGACAUAUUUAACUUCUACAUGCGACAAUAUGAUAAGCUGAUGUUGGAAAAGGCUUCUAGGAUACUCGUAUUGACUUUAUCUCAGUAACAUGUUCUUAUUGAAAUAACAGGUUGUUACUGUUUCAUAUUUUACUCAGUAACAUGUUGUUACUGUUUCAUAUUUUACUCAAUAACAGGUUGUUAUUGUUUCAUAUUUUACUCAAUAAUAUUUUACUCAAUAACAAGUUGUUACUGUUUCAUAUUUUACUCAGUAACAGGUUGUUAUUGUUUCAUAUUUUACUCAGUAACAGGUUGUUAUUGUUUCAUAUUUUACUCAAUAACAGCUUUUUACUGGGUCAUAAUUUUGCAUCCUUUUGAGGAUGCAUCCCUUUGAGGAGGCUUAUUUCAUAUUUUUUUAAUUAUUGCGUGCAUUAUCUUUUUCUUCAUAAAUUCAUACAUUUUAUAUAAUUUCAUCUAUCUCAUGUAAUCAUGUUGAUUUUUCAUUCAAAAUUGGAUCUGACGUUUUCAGUUACGCUCUCAAUGUUUCCCUAUUUACAUGCUUUUGUUCCAUUCUAUGUUUAUUUGAGUAUCAUUCCGUACCAUUUAUAUUAUAUGACUGCUGGAAAAUCCCUUUGUUUAUCAUUGUUCAGUAUACACCGUAUUGUUUGUUAUUCACAGUGAACUUUUUGUGUGUUUUUAUUCUGUUGCAUUUAUUUACAUAACUUCUUUAAACAUAUUUCUCAGUGAAAGAAUGUUGACAUGAUAUAUUGUGUGCUUUUCGUAAUAGACAAAUAUUUGCAAAUGUAAAUAAAAAGUGAACAAUUA